GCUGGACCUGCCGGGCAGGUGGACCUACGGCGUCUGCGGGGACGGGCGCAUCUUCUUCAUCAACGACGAGACCAAGUCCACGAGCUGGGUGCACCCCAGCACGGGUUACUCCGUCCAGAGCGGGCACUUCUCCUGCGCCGGGCUGCCCCGAGGCUGGGAGGUGGACACCACGCUGCACGGGGGCUUCUACUUCAUCAACCACAAUGAAAGGCGGAACACGUUCCUGCACCCAGUGACGGGCCAGGUCCCGGAAGAAAACUCAAGAUUGGACUUGCAGAAACCGACCUUGGACAUGUCAAGCAAAGCAGGCGGCAAGCGCCCGGCGACCAGCAGCAGCAGCGAGCCCUCCAACCACGCCAUGGUGUCGGAGGUGCCCCCGGAGCGCCCCGGAGGCCGGGUGGGUGCCUGGAGCCACGCGGCACGGCGGGUGGCAGUGGAGACAGGGUGCCCCAGGGGGUCCCUCCAGGAACUGAGCGUCUCCUCUCCCCCUCUGCAGGCAUCGCGCCCCUCCCGCAAGGGCAUCGCCUUCGGGAAGCGCUCCAACUCGAUGAAGAGGAACCCCAACGCCGCCGUGACCAAAAGCGGCUGGCUCUACAAGCAGGCCAGCUCGGGGGUGAAGCAGUGGAACAAGCGCUGGUUCGUGCUGGUGGAUCGCUGCCUCUUCUACUACAAAGAUGAGAAGGAGGAGAGCAUCCUGGGCAGCAUCCCUCUCCUCAGCUUCCGCGUGGCAGCCGUACAGCCCUCCGACAACAUCAGCAGGAAGCACACGUUUAAGGUGACUGUGUGCUGGGUGGAGGAGGUGCCGGCGAGUAACGGGCAGUCCCUGUCUCCCCAGGCCGAGCACGCUGGCAUCCGGACCUACUUCUUCAGCGCCGAGAACACAGAGGAGCAGGAGUCCUGGAUCCAAGCCAUGGGCGAAGCUGCCCGGGUGCAGAUCCCCCCCACCCAGAGACACGAGAAGACAGACUCUGAAAACAUCCCUCCCAGCAAGCACCACCACCACCGCAACGCCGUGCACCGCGAGCACCCCAAGGCCGACCCCGACGCCAAGACCAGGGGUGAAGGCGACGGCCGUGGUUCGGAGAAGAUGGAGAGGAAACCGGAGAGGACGGAGAGCAAGAAGGAACCCUUGGCCAAAGCCAACGGCAUCGCGGGGCAGGAGAUGCCCUCGGAGCCCGGCAGCCCCUACCCUGAGGGACCCCGGGUGCCAGCAAGCACGGAGCAGCCGACGCAGCCCAACGGGUGGCCGUAUUCUUCCCCCAGCCGCCCCAGCAGCACCGCCUAUCCCCCACCCGACGGGGAGAGCGCUGUCCACCGCCGGAGCUUUGCCCCCCGCACCAACCCCGAGAAGAUUGCCCAGCGCAAGAGCUCCAUGACGCAGCUGCAGCAGUGGGUGAACCUGCGCCGGGGGAACGUGCCCCCCGAGGAGCUGCGGAGCCCCACCAGGUUUUACCCCGUGUCUCGCCGGGUGCCCGACUACUACUCGCCCUACUCGCCCCAGUACCCCGAGGACUACCAGUACUACCCGCCCGGUGUGCGCCCUGACAGCAUCUGCUCCAUGCCUGCCUACGAGCGCGUGAGCCCACCCUGGGCGCUGGACGAUAAGCGCCACUCCUUCCGCAACGGGGGCCCCUACCAGCUCCGGGAGUGGAAGGAGCACCCCGCUUUUGGCCGGCAGGACGUCCCACUCUGGCUCGCCGGCCCUGGCAGGCAACCGACUUAUUUCGACGAGGUGGACGCUGCCUCGGGCUCCCUGCGGCGCAUGUCGCUGCAGCCCCGCUCCCGCUCCGUGCCGCGCUCGCCCAGCCAGGGCUCCUACACCAGGGCUCGUGUCUACUCCCCCGUCCGCUCACCCAGCGCCCGCUUUGAGCGGCUGCCGCCCCGGGGAGAGGAAAUUUACGCCGACCCCGCCACCUUCAUGAUGAGGAGGUCCAUCAGUUCGCCCAAGUACGACUAUCUGGGCGACAGGCGGCCCGUCCCCGUGGGGAUGUUCCCGUACCACUACCCGGCAUCUCCCACAGUCCAUGACAAAAUGAUGAGCGAGAGCGAAACCCUGAUCAGUAUGGUGAACAGGAUGGUGGAGACCUCCUCCCCUAGGGCUCAGCUCUACAUGCAAGUGACGCCCUUCCCUGAAGCCUACAGGGAGACUCUGCACGCCUACAAGAUAAGCGAGCAAGACACCGAUAAGCUGCUGGGGAAGCUCUGUGAGCAGAACAAGGUGCUGCGGGAGCAGGAGAGGCUGGUGCAGCAGCUCCGAGCGGAGAAGGAGAGCCUGGAGAGUGCCCUGAUGGGGACGCACCAGGAGCUGGAGAUGUUCGGGAGCCAGCCGGCCUACCCGGAGAAGCUGCUGCACAAGAAGGAAUCGCUGCAGAACCAGCUCAUCAACAUCCGCGUGGAGCUCUCGCAGGCCAGCACGGCCUUGGCCAACAGCACCGCUGAGUACGAGAGCCUGGAGAGCGAGGUGUCCGCCCUGCACGACGACCUCUGGGAGCAGCUGAACCUCGACAUCCAGAACGAAAUGCUCAACCGGCAGAUCCAGAAAGAGAUCUGGCGGAUCCAGGACGUGAUGGAGGGGCUGAGGAAGAACAAUCCGUCCCGUGGCACGGACACUGCCAAGCACAGAGUGGCCAUCGGCCCCCCGGGCACGUACAGCUCCAACAGCCCCGCCAGCCCCCUGAGCUCGGCCAGCCUCACCAGCCCCCUGAGCCCCUUCUCCCUCGUCUCCGGCUCCCAGGGCUCGCCCACCAAGCCGGGUCCCAGCGAGGAACCCGGCCCGCCUCGACCUCCCCUCCCCAAGUCGUACGUCCCCCUGGAGCCUCCUCCGACCAUCCCUCCGCUCCCUAGCGAGAGCCGCCCCUGGCCGUACCCCACCUCCCCUUCCUGGCAGCAAGGCGGCGAGGCGCAGAGGGGACAGCCCAAGCCGAGCUUCGAGCAGAGCAAGGAGACACAGCGAGCGGCUGCCCCUGCUGCCCCCGCCGAGGGGCCGCCGAGCCGGCAGGAGCAGGAGGCAGAGAAGCAAGCGGCUCUCAACAAAGUGGGCAUCGUGCCCCCCCGAACCAAGUCUCCACCGGAGGAGGAGGUGGUGCCCACGGGCAGCAUGCUGAGGAGGAGCGCCGGCGGCAUGGCCAACGGGCUGGGAUCCAAGGAGAGGCCGAAGAGCGCCGUGUUUGCCAACGAGACGAAGGUGAAGAUGAGCGUGGAGGAGCAGAUCGACCGCAUGAAGCGCCACCAGAGCGGCUCCAUGAAGGAGAAGCGGCGCAGCCUGCAGCUCCUGGGCAGCCAGCAGCCCGACACCCCCAGCACGAAGGCACCCGCCUCCUACAAAGUGGUGCGCCGGCACCGCAGCAUUCACGAGGUGGACAUCUCGGACCUGGAGGCAGCGCUGCGCUCCGACGACCCCGGCAAGGUCCACGAGACGCCCCGGGAGGAGAUCGCCCGGCUGCGCAAGAUGGAGCUGGAGCCGCAGCACUACGACGUGGAUAUCAACAAGGAGCUAUCCACGCCAGACAAAGUCCUCAUCCCCGAGCGGUACAUCGAGCUGGAGCCCGACACGCCGCUCAGCCCCGAAGAGAUGAAGGAGAAGCAGAAGAAGGUGGAAAGGAUAAAAACUCUCAUUGCCAAGUCCAGCCUGCAGAAUGUCAUCCCCCUGGGCGAGGGGGAGGUGGAUGCCCCCCAGGACCCCGAAACACAGCUGCAGGAGCAGGAGAAGAGGAUAGAGAUCUCGUGUGCGCUGGCUGCUGAGGCAUCCCGCCGGGGCCGCAUGCUCUCGGCUCAAUGCGCUACCCCAAGCCCUCCCACCUCCCCAGCCUCCCCGACUCCACCGACCAACCCCCUCUCGUCUGAAACAUCCCGGGUCGCCGACAGCAGCCAUUUUAUGCGUGUCUGAGCCAUGAACUCAAGCCCUGGCCACUGCCAGCGCCGUCAAGUUCCACGGGGCCACGUUUUAGCGCGCCGAGACGCGCCCCGACUCGACACCGAACCUCUCCUCGGCCAUCGUUUUUGGUUCUUCUGGACCCCUCCCUCCUUCCCACCAAUGGCGAGACCCCCCUGGGAUGGAUGAGCGGGGAGAUGUGGCACGGACGACACCGGCUGCUCUGCCCCGUCCUGGACGAGAUGUGCGGGUGCUGGGAGUUGGUCCGCUGGAGCAUGGACCCCAAGGACUGGGGGUCCUGAGCUGCCCGCUGGCAAAGGGAUGGAUCUGUGGUGGCCUGGGUGCCAGGCUGGCCGGGACAGCCAUAGAGGGGGACACUUGCAGCAGUGGUCCUGGCACAGCCAGCCCUCUCCCUGCUGGGGCAGCCCUGGAGGAGCGCAGCACCCUCCGUCUCUCCAUGCUGAUGUGUUGGCAUCCCAAAAGUCUGCAGCGAGGCUCCUCCACCUGGAGCUUAGCCAUCCCACCACGGGUGGUGCUUUCACCUCGUGCUGGAGGCUCCAUCUCUGCUCUUUGGAUGCUCGCUCCCUUCCCUGUGCCCUGAAACUGCUUUUAGCAUCCAUCUCGCUGGAGGGAGUCACCAGCAGAGCCUGGCAGCCCCAUCGUGCCUCGUGCCCGGGGCUCAGCAGAAGGAAGGAGGAGCUGUGCGGGGUCGGAUGGAGAGGGGACAGGGAGGACUCGGGGAGGAUUAUCCUGGGUGCUGGGGUGGUGCGAGGGCUGCCCGGUGCGGUGCUGGCACGGAGCAGCAGGUCUGGGAAGGGACUGGGAUGUUGGAAAGGAGCAGAGGAGUGGCACGAAGCCACGGCUCGCUGGGCCGAGCAGGAAUCUGUGCGGGUGGCUGGGGACGGUGCCGAGAAGGGGUCUGGGUUUGGGCCAUGAGCACCUCGGGUGGCAGCAGUGGGGUCUGUCCUCAGUGCACUCCCACACACUGUCUGUGGUCACCCCCAGCACCCAUGGGUGCCCAAGGCUGGGGGGACACAUGGGGAGCAACUUGGGGCUGCAAAGAGCCGGGACACCUCUGGGUGUCUGUGCAAGCCGGGCUGCUGGAGGAGGGGGCUCCUUGCCCCACAGCCCCGGGCUGGGUUAAUGAGCACCAGGGGGUGACGGAUUUGGGGGGCAGGGCUGGGGGGACCCCAGCUGUGCUCGCAUCCUCCGGUGCCAGCAUGGGCCAGGGCCCUCUGAAAACCUGACAGCGCAUCUCACCCCGAGACCUUGCCAUUGCACUCCAACCCCUGUGGCUUGUUCUUUUCUUUUUUUUCUGUAGCGGGUUUACCCUUUUCUUUAGCUUUUCAGAGGGAGGACAAAAAGCUGGUCCUGCCGGGAAACAGCAUCAGGCUGUGCAGGGCCGGGAGGGGUGAGGCGGAUGGGGUGAGGAGCCAGAUGCUGACCAUCCCCUAGCUUUUUCCCCACUGGCUGGAUCCUGACGCCCUGGCCAGCCCCCUGCCCUGUGCCUGUGUGCUGCCACGAGGCCCCCCCUCUGCGUCCCCAUCGCUCCCCCGAUCGUAGCAAUACUCCUAGGAUCCCAGGAACCCCAAGCCCGCUCCGCUCCCAAGCCUCCUGCAACCCUCUUAGCUCAUAAAGCUGGCCCUUUAUUUUGCUAUUACAUGCCUUAAUAUAUGUUUUAUGGAAAUUCUACAUUUAUAAUAUAUAUAUAUAUUU